GCAGCGAGUUUUUGUCAAGUGAAUUAUAGAAUAAACUAAAAGCAAACACACACACAGCGAUGGGUCGCAAAAAGAAGCUGCCAGCCACAUUGCCAACAACGGGUGGUGGCGCACCUAAAACGGUUGGCGGCUGCUGUGUGCCGCUGGGAUUACCACAACCUUUGCUGCUGGAGGAGAAGAAGUUUCUGCUUGCCGUCGAGCGUGGCGAUAUACCCAAUGUGCGCAGGAUACUGCAGAAGGCCUUGCGGCAGCAGCACAUCAAUAUCAACUGCAUGGAUCCACUGGGACGUCGUGCACUGACGCUGGCCAUUGACAACGAGAAUCUGGAGAUGGUGGAGCUGCUUGUCAUAAUGGGCGUGGAGACAAAGGAUGCGCUGCUGCAUGCCAUCAAUGCUGAGUUUGUCGAGGCCGUCGAGCUGCUGCUCGAGCAUGAGGAGCUCAUAUUCAAGGAGGGCGAACUCUAUAGCUGGCAGAAGGUGGACAUUAAUACGGCCAUGUUUCCGCCGGAUAUUACGCCGCUUAUGCUGGCGGCGCAUAAAAAUAAUUUCGAAAUAUUACGCAUACUUUUGGAUCGCGGUGCUGCAGUGCCCGUGCCACACGAUAUGCGCUGCGGCUGUGAGGAGUGCAUGCGUCUCAUGUCCGAGGAUUCACUGCGUCAUUCGCUCUCACGCGUCAACAUCUAUCGUGCCUUGUGCUCGCCCUCGCUUAUAUGCCUGACGUCAACGGAUCCCAUCUUGACUGCCUUUCAGCUGUCCUGGGAGCUGCGCAACUUAGCGCUUACCGAGCAGGAAUGCAAAGCGGACUACAUUGAGCUGCGGCGGCAGUGCCAAAAGUUUGCCUGCGCUUUGCUGGAUCAAACGCGCUCAUCCAACGAGCUCGCCAUUAUUUUAAACUACGAUCCCGCUUUGUCCACCUACGAGCCAGGAGAUCGCAUGAGCUUAACGCGUUUAGUUCAAGCCAUUAGCUUUAAGCAGAAAACGUUUGUAGCGCAUUCGAAUAUACAGCAAUUGCUUUCGUCCAUUUGGUAUGACGGUCUGCCAGGGUUUAGACGCAAGAGCAUUGUGGACAAAUUCAUUUGCAUUGCGCAGGUGGCAAUGCUAUUUCCACUUUAUUGCUUCAUCUACAUGUUUGCGCCCAAUUGUCAAACGGGUCAGCUGAUGCGCAAGCCAUUUAUGAAAUUUCUUAUACAUGCAGCCUCCUACGUUUUCUUUUUGUUCAUACUUAUUUUGGUAUCGCAACGUGCUGAUGACGAUUUCGUGCGUCUGUUUGGCACGACACGCAUGAAGGAGAACUUGGCUGAGCAGGAGCAGCGGCAGCGUGGCCAGACGCCCAGCAAGCUGGAGCUGCUGGUGGUGCUCUAUGUGUUGGGCUUUAUGUGGGAGGAGGUGCAGGAGAUUUUCGCUGUGGGCCUGCAGAGCUAUUUGCGUAACAUGUGGAACUUUAUUGAUUUUCUGCGCAACAGUCUCUACGUGAGUGUCAUGUGCUUGCGCACCUACGCGUAUAUACAGCAGGCGACGGAGAUAGCAAAGGAUCCACAGAUGGCCUACAUACCGCGUGAGAAGUGGCAUGACUUUGACCCGCAGCUGAUAGCCGAGGGUUUGUUUGCGGCGGCGAAUGUGUUCUCGGCACUGAAGCUGGUGCAUUUGUUUAGCAUUAAUCCGCAUUUGGGGCCACUGCAAAUAUCACUGGGACGCAUGGUCAUCGACAUAGUCAAGUUCUUCUUUAUCUACACGCUGGUGCUGUUCGCCUUUGCCUGUGGCCUCAAUCAGCUGCUUUGGUACUUUGCCGCGCUGGAGAAGAGCAAGUGCUAUGUGCUGCCAGGCGGCGAGGCUGACUGGGCGUCUCAUGGCGAUUCCUGCAUGAAAUGGCGUCGUUUUGGCAAUUUGUUCGAGUCUUCGCAGUCGCUAUUCUGGGCCAGCUUUGGCAUGGUGGGCCUGGACGACUUUGAGCUGAGCGGCAUUAAGUCGUACACACGUUUCUGGGGCCUGCUUAUGUUUGGCAGCUACAGCGUCAUCAAUGUAAUUGUUUUACUGAAUUUGCUCAUUGCCAUGAUGUCCAACUCCUACGCCAUGAUUGAUCAACAUUCGGACACAGAGUGGAAGUUUGCUCGCACUAAGCUUUGGAUGAGCUAUUUCGAGGAUAGCUCCACAUUGCCGCCUCCCUUCAAUGUGCUGCCUUCGGUUAAAUGGUUCAUUAGAAUAUUCAGAAAGUCAAGCAAAACGAUUGAUCGCCAGCGUUCCAAGAAACGCCAGGAGCAGGAGCAGUACAGCAAAUAUGACAACAUUAUGCGCUCGCUGGUUUGGCGCUAUGUGGCCGCCAUGCAGCGCAAGUUUGAGCAUAAUCCGGUAACCGAGGAUGACAUCAACGAGGUCAAAAACGAGAUCAGCACAAUGCGCUAUGAAAUGUUGGAAAUAUUUGAAAACAGCGGCAUGGACGUCAGCUCCGCCAACAAAAAGGAGAAACAUCAAAAGCCACGACGCAUGAAAGUGUGGGAACGACGUCUAAUGAAGGGCUAUGAGGUGGCGCCAGUGAAAACGCACAGCGAACCGGAGCUGCUGAGCAAUGUGAAUGGCGAGGGUGAGAUGCGUGAGGUGAAAAUAGAGUCAGUGCCCUCAAGGCCGGCCAAGGAGACGGCACGCGAGCGUUUUCAGCGCGUGGCACGCACUGUGCUGCUGCAGUCGAGCACACACAAGUGGAACAUGGUGCUCCAGGGCACGAUGUCCAACUCGCAGAUUGGACGCAGCACCAAGCACGAGCGCAAGCAGCUGCACAAUCUGGGCAAAGCCAUUGAAGAGGCGAGAAAACUUAUCUUGCUCAAUCCGGGCUGUGCUUCGGGUCGUGAGUCGCCCAUACGCAUAGAGUUUGAGGACGAGAAGACCAGCACGCUGCUGGACCUGCUCAAUCAAAUAAGCGCCGAGAUCAGCAGCUGCGAGCGGCCACGCAACAAGCCCUGCUGGCGUCCGCCUCUAAAGUCUGUGCCCGCUCGUGCGCUAGCCGACGAUAUUGAGUGGUAUCACUCAAACACGCGCUCAGCGCCAGAGCUGCAGACGAGCACUGUGAGUCGCUCACGCGAGCUAAACUUGUGCCCCAGCAAACUGGUCACAAGCACUGCCGGCAGCAAAAAGGCAGCGCCACUUGCACCCACGCCAGCGGCCAAGUCGGCAGCAGCUACAAACAAGUGCAAAACGACGCCCUUUUCAGUGGAGCUAGCACUGGCAACGAGGCGUGGCAACAGCUCAUAUGGCGUGCCAUCCGGUAAUUCCACUAGCUUCGAUAUGCAAGUCGUUGAUUUGAAUGAGCGUGGACAACGUGGCGGCGGCGGCGGCGGCGUCGCUGCUGCGGAUAAGGAUAACAUUUCCGAUGUGAGCUCCAUUGUUAGCAUGAGUCCCAAGCGGCCAAAACACUAAAUGGACUCUUGUGAUAAAACUAAAUACAUCCAAGUAGCUAAG